UUUUCAGCUUUAAAAAGUUAUUAAUUUAAAUCCUCUAUGGAUUAAUUGCAAAACAGUUGAAGAUAAACUUUAAUCCCACAAUCAGUUUUUACCGUAAAAAAAUUCAUACGUCAUAGUCCACUUUUCUAGAAUUUGAAUAAGAUUGUGUAUGUGAUUAAUUUUUCUCCCACCACAUGUUUAGUGUCUGUCCACCUCCACCUCCACCUUUCGAUUCAACGUGAUCUAAAUUUUUGCUGUAUUUUGUGUAUUUUCACUCUGAGCUUGUAUCAAAAGAGAAAGUUCUUCACUCUGAAACGAAAAGAUGGGAAAAGGACCCUCACCAAUACCGGACAGAUGGCUGCCAUACAAAAGUGUGGGCGGGGUUAUACCAGGGACUAGAUUUUUUGCCUUCAAGGUGCCACUGAGAGAGGAGAUAUUCCGCCGGACCGGCGUGCCCCAGCAGCAAUGGCACACCAUCGACUCGUUGCUGGAGGAGAUGUCCAAGCUGGGGCUCGUCGUGGACAUCACGAACACGAACCGCUACUACGACCCGCAGGCCUUCCGCGCCAAGGGGGUGGCCCACGAGAAGAUCAUGUGCCCCGGCCACCAGAUCCCGCCGCCCUACGUGGUUAAAAGGUUUUUCAAAGUCGUGGACGAGUACCUCGACCAGAACCCCGAGGGGGAUGGUCUGAUUGGCGUCCACUGCACUCACGGACUCAACCGGACGGGCUAUCUAGUUUGCAAGUACAUGAUCGAUAGGCUAAAGUGGUCGCCCGAAAAUGCGAUAGAAGGUUUCAACCAGGCGAGGGGCCACAACAUAGAGCGCACCAACUACCUCUCCGACCUGCACAGAUCCAGAGGAGCGGCGCCACCGCAGAACGGCGUCGGCAUCCAGCGGAAGAAUCACAACCGGCCGGAGCGGAUACAGGAACAACCUGGGUCCUGGAGGGCGCGGGGACACCUUGGGCACCCUGGGCGGGGCGCGCCAAGGGGACACCACGGAGGUCACUUCGGAGGAGAGAGGAGGCACGGAGAAGGGCGCUACAACGGGUUCGGCGAGGGACACCCUGGAGGCCGCCCUGGAGGACACCACCCAGGAGGCUUCCACCCUGGAGCACACCGUGGUCGUGGUGGCCCUCGCGGUGGCCCGCACUUCGGCGGAAACCCUGCUGGCGGACACCCUGCCGGCGGACACCCCCAUGGACACGGCGGCCGAGGCGGCCUAAGGUUCCCAGGCGGCGCGUCCAGCGGUCCCUACUACCACCGGCCGCGGCCGCAGAACGCGCCGAACCCCAGGGAGGAGGCGGCCCCGGCCGGCCAGCAUGGCCAGCAGCAAGCCGCGUCGGCAGCGCCGGGACCCGUCCGGUCGAGAGGCAGAGGCAAGCCGAAGCACCGGGCGCACGGCCCGCGCAACUCCAACAAGCCCACGGCCGUCUAGCCCCGGGUAACUUAGGCACUUAACAAAUUGGAACGCGUGCGACGCAGUCUGACUGCUUCCGCACUCCGUUCUCGUGUUGAUGGUUGUAUCAAUCGGGUUGAUACUGCGGUGUUUGAGUGAUUUCAGAUGUCAGUUGUUAAACGAAUUGACGUCACAUGGACCUUUUUAUACAAUUUUGUUUUUUUUAGCGCUGACUGU